AUGGCUGAGUCCCCUCUCUUCCCUCCCUCGGAAUGUACUGGAUGUCCCUAUGAUGGGUACUAUGCCGCCUCCAAUGGCACCCAUCAGGAUCCUACUCAUAGCCCCAAUGAUGCCGCUCUGCCCGAGGACGUGAACGACUCCGAGUACAUUGACUUCAAUGGAGAACUUGGGCUGGUUCAGCAGCACACCCCCCGUGCUGAGGAGAAUGCUUUGGAUCUCGACCCUCAUCACGACCCAGUCACUGCUGACUCUAACCUCGGACCCUGGGUGACCCCCAACUCUUCCCGCAGCGGAUCUGUCGAUGACCGAGUCCACGAAGAUGGAAACCUAAUUGAUUCCAUCACCACAGGGCAGCCUUGGGUUGGCCCAUGGACAGGAUUAUCUAUGAACGAAAUCAACGAGAAUGUGCCUGAUGUUGUGACUGCUCCUUCGGGUUCUACCUCUGAUAAUGACGACGGUGCCCCUCGUCAGGAAUUGAACUCCGCUAUUGGCUCUGCUUCCCAGUUCCAGGUUUCUUCUCGUGCUCAUCCUCCGGCAGGUCACCGAUCUCAGAUUUUCCAUCACUCUGUCGCUCCGACCGACUUGCAGGUCGUCCCGCAGGCCAUUCAGCAUGCUCCUUUCCAAGGUGUCCGCCAGUCUACUACUCAGCCCAUCCAGAACUCUGCCCACUCUGCCCAGUUCGUCCGCCGGGGUAUCCCCAAGCCCGAGAUUCAGGUCUACCCUCAAGUUAUCGAGCAGGUUCCUUUCCAAGGUUUUCAGCACUCUUUUGUCCAGGGCGUGCACGAGAUUAUUCCUCCGUCUACUAUGCAGACUGAAUCUCAGCUCAUCCACCAGCCUAUCCCCGUCAGUGUUCCGCAAGGCCUGUCUGAGGGCCUCAUGCAAGUCAAGCGCCAGUACAUGUCGCCCGUCACCUCGGUCACCUCGCAUAAGACUGUCCACAGACCCGACUCGACGAACAACCCUCGUCCUGCCAAGCGCCAGGCCCGUGAGCCUCACACCAACUACAGCCCUCCUGUUACCCAGCUGGAGAAUGCUCGAGGCCUGAUUGCUCAGUUGGUUGCUGACAAAAAAGCGAUUCAACAGAAGCUGGACAAGUUCACUGUCAUCAACCCCAACACUGGCAAGGCCUACGUUGAGAACCUGAAGUCCGAGAACGCAGUCCUCCAGUUUGGAAAGCUGGCACUGGCUCAGGGCGAUGCAAACCACCAGACUCCUGUGGACAACAAUCAAGAGAAGUACCACGACCUCCUUUUGCAGUACAACGCCCUUAUUACUCACUGCCGGGCUUCUGAGGACCAGGCGCUUCUCUGGCGGCACCGUUACCUCGAGCUUUCUGCUAUUCUGUACCAGCCAAUUGAGAUUGACACCGAGAUGAGCAUGGACUUCCUGUGA